ACGCACGACCGGUGAAACGAUGAAACCUGCAAUUCAUACAUUCAACAUUUCCGUUCCAGCUUCCCAUAUAGUACAUAUCGUAAUACUCGAGGACAGGAAAGAAGACUGCACUAUAACUAUCGCUGCCGAUUGCAAUGCCCGAUUGCACUGCUGAUUUGUAGCGUUAUUAUAAGGGGGCUGAGUCGCGUCCCGCGCCAGGUGUGUAUGCGCCGUCACGGUGAUCCGAGCUGCAUCUAUGGAUCGCUUCAAUGGAUGCUUUCAAAUCCAGUUUUAAGAACAGAUUGAUUACCACAGGCUCUACUGCCCAACAGCCAAAGUCAGAGAAGGAAGCUUCCCCGGAGGUACCACUGAGCCUGGAGGAUGGCAUUGCAGCCGUCCCGGCUUCAGCACCGGCGGUGUCUGGAUACUGCACGGCUGUGUUUGACUACGAAGCCAGUGCGGACGAUGAGCUUAGCCUGCGCAAGGGGGACGUGGUGGAAAUACUGUCGAAAGAUUCACUAGUAUCGGGUGAUGAAGGAUGGUGGACAGGGGCGAUAGAGGAUCGGGUGGGGAUUUUCCCCAGUAACUACGUCUGUAGUGGCAAUGGCAUCCCUGAAAAGAUACGGGAUACCGCUGUGGAGGAUUAUCCCGACAUAUCAAUGCCACCGUUGCAUCUGCUGGAAAUCGACUUCUCAGAGCUGGCCCUCGAGGAGAUCAUUGGAGUUGGGGGUUUUGGGAAAGUGUACCGAGCACUAUGGAGGGGCACGGAGGUGGCGGUGAAGGCGGCACGGCGGGACCCCGAUGAAGAAGUCGGUCAGACGGUAGAGAGCGUGCGCCAAGAGGCCAAGCUGUUUGCCAUGCUUCACCACCCAAACAUCAUGGGCUUGGUGGGGGUCUGCCUGCUGGAGCCCAACCUCUGCCUCGUGAUGGAGUUUGCUCGUGGGGGUUCCCUCAACAGAGCUCUGUCGGGCAAGCGCAUCCCCCCCCACACGCUGGUGGACUGGGCCGUACAGAUCGCCCGCGCUAUGAACUACCUGCACUGCCAGGCCAUUGUCCCAAUUAUACACAGGGACCUCAAGUCCAGCAACAUACUGAUUCUGGAAAAAGUGGAAAAAGAUGACUUGACCAAUAAGACCUUGAAGAUCACAGACUUCGGCUUGGCGCGCGAAUGGCAUCGCACCACGAAGAUGAGCGCUGCCGGCACCUACGCUUGGAUGGCCCCCGAGGUCAUCCGCUCCUCCACCUUUUCCAAGGGCAGCGACGUAUGGAGUUAUGGGGUGCUGCUCUGGGAGCUGUUAACUGGUGAAGUGCCGUUUCGAGGGAUAGAUGGUCUAGCCGUGGCUUACGGCGUGGCCAUGAACAAACUGGCACUGCCAAUCCCCUCCACCUGUCCUGAACCCUUUGCCCGCCUUAUGGAGGAUUGUUGGAAUCCAGACCCCCAUUCUCGCCCUCCGUUCACCAGUAUCUUGGACCAGUUGACAGCCAUUGAGGAAUCUGGAUUCUUUGAGAUGCCUGUUGAGUCAUUCCAUUCACUUCAGGAUGACUGGAAGCUGGAGGUCCAGGAGAUGUUUGACCAGCUGAGGGCUAAGGAGAAGGAGCUGCGAUCGUGGGAGGAGGAGUUGAGCCGAGCCGCACUGCAGCAGAAGUGCCAGGAGGAGGCACUGCGGAAGAGAGAACAGGAACUGGCAGAGCGCGAAAUUCACAUCCUGGAACGGGAGCUCAAUAUCAUCAUCCACCAGCUCUACCAGGAGAAGCCGCGGGUGGAGAGCCGGCAGGGCAAAUUCCGGCGGAGCCGCCUGAAGCUGAGGGACGGGAAUCGUAUAAGUCUGCCUUCAGAUUUCCAGCAUAAAAUCACAGUGCAGGCAUCACCCACGUUGGAUCACCGGCGGAGUUUAAUCAGCAGCAGCUCCAGCCCUCCUACCAGCCCUCCACUGCUGCCCCGCCUACGGGCAAUACAGCUUACCCCUGCAAACAGUCAUAAGGCGAGGGGGCGGGGUUCCGCUUUUCAGCCAGAUGAGGAUGACGAGAAGAAAGGUCCACGAAGGAAGAGCCGCGCUUGGAGUGAAAAGACUACAUCAGAGGGCAACAGGCAGAGGUCCAGCAGUGCCCCAAACCUGCGAAGGUCACCCCGGCAUAGUCCUGCUGUACCAGGGGUUCCCAGUUUGGCAGAAAUGGAAAAUGAAGACGUCUGUUUCACCUCGGAGACCGUGGAAUCUUCCAGCGGUUCCUACCUUUGCAUCCCCUUCCACAGGGAAGGACACAUUUCACACAGUAAUAAUGUGGACCAAGGAACCACAGCCCAAGCCCCCGACAUUUGCUCCGGUUCUGCGAGGCGAAGCCCAAGCGGGGCGCGCCGGACAGAUCUGGUGCUGCUGGGCUGUGGUGCCGUAUUAGCUUCCGUGGGGCUGGGCUUCGACCUCAUGGAACUUGGCAGGCCGGAGGAGAGUAGCAAGCCACGCUGGGAGGGCUUCUUUCACCGUGCCGGGGGCCAGCGACGGAGUACCAGCCCCCCCACGCGGAAGCUGUUUCGCUGGGAGAGUCCACUAAAGCCCCCAGCCCCGCUGCAAAUUCAGGCCUUUCCUAACUCCCUGACGUUGUUGUCCCUGUCUUCUGUUUCUGACUGCAACUCCACCCGCUCCCUGUUACGUUCGGACAGCGAGGAGCUGUUGGUCUACAGGCCUGCAUCCCCUCAGCCUGAGGCCUGCCUCGCUCAAGCUGUUCCACUCAAUCCUCUAGUUAACACUCAACUCGAAAGCUUCAAGCGACACCCCCGACAGUCACUCACCCCAACGCACAUCCCCUUUACCCCCAGCGAUUUGCACAGUUUGCACCGAACUCCGUCGGAUGGAGCUAUCAAGAGAGGAUGCCCUGCAAUUAAUCAUCAACCACGGCCUAUAGAGGAGAUCCCAGAAACUACAGAUGGAAGCACGAAAGGCAUAAGACCCAAUGAUGCUGAGGUCCCCCGCCUGCCAGACCCAAAUGUGGUUUUCCCUCCCACGCCACGUCGUCGCUGUCCCCCCGAGAGACCCAAAACUUUAGAUUUCCUGGCUCGACCUCGCCCUUUACCUCGAGCCCGCUUCGAGUUCUGCCGCGGGGACUCCGCUGAUGGCCACGACAGAGGAGGUAGACUCAGCACCGGAGAGUCCCCCAGCCACACCUAUAGUGCCGAGUCCCCCACAGCUUUGAGGUCUGAAGGGGUUGUAACGGUCCUCCCCACCCCCAUGGAAGCCCCAACGCCAUGUUCAUCACGGAAGUGCAGUAGUCUGCUCGACCAACGAGACGAGGGCCAGCGGCAGGAUGAGACACGCCCCCUCUGCGUGCCCGAGUCCGAGGUGUCCAACGGCUCCCCCUACAGGUCGCAGCUAGGUUUCUGGUCCUAACUCAGUCCCAGCCCUUCUGAACUUGCUUGUAUCAACUUCUCAUAAAAUAACCUACCUUGGGAAGGAGAGAAGGAAAAGGACAUUAUAUUUUUGAAUGUUCCUUCAUAAGCUUACAUAUAUGGACCAUGCUAUGACACUACAAACUGUUAAAUUGACAUUUUGCUGCUUUUGUUUUAUAACAGAGGUGCAAAAAUGACUCUCCCCUUAGAUAUAAUUUUUGUUCCUAAGUAAUAUCAAUCCUAUGUUCAUCUUCUGUGGUUUGUAUGGUGCUAAUUUAUGGUGUUCAUUUCUUGAUGUUUCAGUGGGUAACAGGCACAUAUCUGAAACGUUAAAGAACAAGCAGCUGGGAGCAAGAUAUUCGGAAAAUACUUUAACUAGUUUGUUAAGCUUUUCUGUUUGUACAACAGCUCCCUUAAACGUGGUUCAUGAACUAGAUCAUGAAUGUGAAAUGUGAUUCAUAUGAAGUGCUUGGGUUUGGAGCGAAAUGAGGCAAGUGUUUUUUUUUGCCUGCAAACCUCAUAACUCCAUUACACUGGCAAAGCUCUGUAUGUCACACAUAUGAAUGUGAGUAUAUUUUACCUCUUAUGUCAUUAGUAUGAGCAAGGACAUUUAAAUGCAGGAUCCGGUAUAUGAAUGUUAUCACGGCUGCUAUAAUACGAUCUUCAGUUUUAUUCUGUAUUCUACUCUGCGUACUGUUCCCUGUGUAUUGUAUAUGUCUGCAUUUUAGCAAAUGUUCUUUUACAGAGUAUAGAACCGGUGGGCACAUUAAUGCAGGGGCGCCAUAAGGCGGGAGAAAAUUAGGACGAUUCCAAGGGCCCCUGAGUGACAGGGGGCCUAGGAAAUUUGAAAAAUAACUGGAUUUGUCUGGACUGGGGGGCCCAAUAUGAUAUGCCUACAUGGGGCCCAAAAUUUUUAGCAAUGUCCCUGUAUCAAUGGGAUAUUAAAAUAUACGUACGGAAUUCCACAUUCAUUUCUAUAUAGAGUUUAGAAUUUCAACAAAGAGCAUGUGGCCCAAAUUACAAUGUAGGAAAUCCCAAAGAUUUAUUUAAAAAGCUGUAAAAAGGGUCAGAGCAGGGGUUCGAAAUUCCAGUCCUCACACGCAGUGUUAUCAUAUCAGCUGAACUCUGAAUGUAUUCACCCCUUUUAAAGAUGCGUAUAAAAGGAACGUUUAUUGAGUAAAGAUAAAUCUGUAGAUUUCAUGUAAAUCAUUAGUAGAUCUGAGCCCUUGCAGAGUUAAGAAUGAAGAACUGAUUCAUUGCAUCUUACUUAAAACACUGUAAUAAGUUUCAAAUUUCAGGAGUCUGAGGUAAAGGGAAAAUCAUUUAAUAUCAUUAUAUUGUAAAGAUAUGAAGUUGUUUUCAUUUUUAAUAUUCCACAGAUUUGGUUAUGAAAGGUGUUGAAGUGUUUUGCAUCACAAGAUUAAUUCGAUCAUCGGGGGGGUACUAGAGUUGCCAGGUUUCCCAGUCUGUCGAAUUGUAGAUAUCUUCUCAGUAGGUAGCAGUUGUAUAAAUUCAAGUAUUUAACAUUGUAGCUCAGCAUGCAUCUUAUUUAAAGAACAGUGAAAACAGGCCCUGGAGGCAUGUCUUUUUACUGGUUUAAUAUUUAUUUAUUAAAUAUUUGUAUUUAUUUUCUGAUUUGCUUUAAACUGUAUUUGAUUACUUUUAUGGAAAUGUUCGGAUAUUCAAAAUAUUGUCAGAAAAGUGUUAAAUACAGUGCUCUUGGAAUCUUAGGAUUCUUCUUAUCAUUUGCAGGAUUCCUAUUGCGAUAGGGAGUAGUGUCUUCCAGGUAGCUGCUAUUGUCCUUUGUUUCCAGACGCAUCCAAAGUGAACCUGUGGACAGGAGUUGGCAUUCUACCUUUGGUAUUUUGCAUUGUGAAGGCUAAGUAGCGUUUGAAGAAAAAUAUUGUAAUCUAAAUAAACAUUCAAAGAACAGAU